AUGUACCAGUCCUCAUCCGCCAGCAACAUCACCCAGUGGGUGAAGCCCGGCGAUAAGAGUGGCGAGUUCAAACGCCAGACCAGCGCGUUCCGUGACUGGAUCUCGACAGAGCCGGGCGCCAAGUUCCCGCCUGAGAAGGGCCGCUACCACCUCUACAUCAGCUAUGCCUGUCCCUGGGCCUGCAGGGCGCUGCUUGCACGCAAGCUAAAGGGUCUGGAGGAUUUUGUCAGCUUCUCUGUAGUGCACUGGCAUAUGGGCGAGAAGGGUUGGCGCUUUGCCACGGCUUCUGACACAGAUGCCGAGGGCGAGAACGUGAUCCCGGAUCCCUUGCCAGGCCAUGAGAACUACACCCACCUGCGGGACAUCUACUUUGGAGUUGACCCGAACUACUCGGCGCGCUUCACAGUGCCGGUGCUCUUUGACAAGGUGCAGAAGACGAUCGUGAACAACGAGAGCUCAGAGAUCCUGCGCAUGUUCGGCUCCGUGUUCAACGACCAGCUGCCAGCCGACAAGGCCGCCAUCGACCUGUACCCGGAGGCGCUGCGCAAGGACAUCGACGAGGUGGGCGAGUGGACCUACGACCAGAUCAACAACGGCGUCUACAAGAGCGGCUUCGCCACUACCCAGGAGGCCUAUGAGAAGAACGUCGUCGCGCUGUUUGAGGCUCUCGACCGCGUCGAGGAGCACCUGAAGAAGGGCAAGGGCCCCUACUACUUUGGUGAGACCCUGACCGAGACGGAUAUCAGAAUAUUCAUGACCAUCAUCCGGUUCGACCCCGUCUACGUCCAGCACUUCAAGUGCAACAUCCGCGACAUCCGCUCCGGGUACCCGGCAAUUCACAAGUGGAUGCGUAAUCUGUACUGGAACAACGCGGCCUUCAAGGACACGACCAACUUCUUGCACAUCAAGAACCACUACACCAAGAGUCAUACCCAGAUUAACCCGUUCUCGAUCGCGCCGGUCGGGCCCCUGCCGGAUAUCUUGCCUUUGGAUGAUGAGGUGCCAGCCGUCAAGGCUCUCAAGGCGUAA